AUGCAAACCCUCGAUCCCUCAUGUAACCCUACCGUAGACACUCCCGCACCCGAUCCCUCGGCCAUGGCUGAGAGCUCUUCUCCGAUCUACUCCCAGAACGACAACCCCACCAAAGACGACCAAACCCAUGUGGAAACCAACACCCAGCAUGAAAGCUCGAAGGAGAACAGUGUUAAGAAUAGAACCAGUGUUGGUAAAGGCAAUGAUGUCAGUAGUAUGGUGGUCAGGAGAGAGAGGCCGUCACGGGCUUGCACUCAGCGGGCUGCCGCCAGGCUGCAGGCGGCGGCAGAGGCUGAGGCGGCAAUGGAGGCCGAGAGGAAGAGGAAGAAGGCUAGGAAGGAAAAAGUAGCAGCUAGGAUGUCGAAAGAAGAGUCUGAGGAGGAGGGUAGUUUCGGCUCCGGGGAUGAAGGAGCAAAUGGGGAGGAGAAUGGUGAGGAAGGUGAGUCCCCUUCAUCUUCUCGUGUGCAAUGCGGCAAGAUAAUCACGCAGCUCGUUGGGGAGGUGGAGACUGGGCAGCUGCCGAGGUGGAACAUUCGGAACAUGUGGCAGCUGGCUUCUAUUUUUAAUUUCUUAAAUGUGUUUAGGCCUUUGUUGAAUAUUAAGGUGGAGUUUUCUGCUGAGGAAUUUGAGACGGCCUUGCUUACUCCGAAUAAUACCUUGGGUGAUGUACAUAUGCCAUUGUUGAAGGCAAUUCCUCCCGUGACUAGAAUGGCACUCGGACACAAUACUUGGAUAACUGUUCUGUGCAGAAAAUUGAGAGAUUGGUGGCAUUGGGUAACCCACCAGCUUUUAACUUUUUUCUGGACUGAAAUUGAUACAUACAAUGCACUCGAUCCUAGUGUUAGAGUGGUGAUCCUGAAGGCUUUAUGUGAUAUUCGUGUUGAGCAAGAAGAUAUUAGAAACUAUAUAGAUGGUUCAGUGAAACAUGGUGUUCACCUUUCUGCAUUCCGCAAAGAACGCAUAGGUGGUGAUUCUCAUGGGAUCUCAUAUUGGUAUGAAAAUGAUCCCAUCAUUGGUCAUCGACUGUACCGAGAGAUUAGGAAAGUUGAGGUAAAAAGAGGAAAAGGGAAGACAGUCCCCCAAAUUCCCCAUUCAUCUUAUCAAUGGGAGGCAGUUGCAACUAAUUUAGACGAAUUCCUCAAUGUUUCUGAGAAGCUGUUUUCGAGUAAAAAUAGAACGGAGGUUGCUGUUGGAAAGAAACUGAAAAAUGACAUGCUACCUGAAAUCGAGAAGGACCACAAGAGAAAGGAGAAAUUGUUAAGAAAACAGCAUAGACAAGCACUCAUGCUCGAUAAUAUGAUGAAUAUGGAUGGUCUUGCUGCCGGACGCUCGCUUCGUGAUAGAAAACCCGUCACUUAUACUUUCGAUGAUUUCGACCGUUCUAUUAAUGAGGCUAUAAAGGUCACCAAGAAAAAACAACUGUCCCCAGAACUUUAUGAAAAAAGGGAUCUUCACGUCAAAAUCGAGAGCUCUACAAACGGCAGUAGGUGGGCUGGUGGGCCGUCCAAUUAUUCUCGACAAGACUCCUUCACUGCAGUAUCUCCAAAUUCACUCGACGAGGAUGAUUAUUAUGACGAUCAGAAAACUGAGGCUGAGACGGAGGCAUUGGAGAGAAGCAACCGAAGGCGGCAGAAGCCCCAACGAUACUCAGUCGACGACUUUGUCUCAGACAACGAGCCGCACGAUUUCGAUAGUGACGACGACAUAGUUGGCGAGGUCGUGUACAAUGACGAGUACCUCAAAAACCGUAAAAGGAGACGAAAAGCGACGAGCACCUCAGACAGUGAGGAUGAAUACGGCUUUGAGGAAGAAAAUCACGAGGAUGAAAACUUCAACAAACAAAACAAAACAUAA